GUUGUGCAAGAGAGUUAUCACUCUCUAUUAGCACAUCACUCCAGUGCAAGUCUGAUUGAAAGUUCGCUGUCAACUCUAAGAUCUCUCAAACUUGGAAGAAUGGCGAAGCUGAUGGAGCUCUUUUCUCUCCGAAAUUUUGGUCGUUUCUUGCUACUCGGCAUUCUGGUCGCCCAAGCAGCUUUAUUUUCACACUAUGCAAGCUUUUACUUAAAGAACAAUAAUCUUUAUGCUUUAGUUCUGCUUGUCAUUCCAACAAUUUGCAUGUAUGCUUACGUCUUGAAAGAGAAAAACACUCAACUGAAUUGGCAGUGGUUGGUAUGGCUAGUCUAUGUAAUCAGCGUUCUUGUGCCCAUGCUGUGUCUCCUCUUCAGGAUUGAUUUUAUUAAGAAACUUGACAAGAACGACUUCUUUGGGCCAAACUUUCUUAAGAUCACUAUAUGCGGAGCUCCAGCCAUCGCAGUUUUCCUCUUGACUACAGCAAAAGACUCCCAGCAGUAUGACGGCGCAGUGGCGCAGUUGUGUGGAUCAAUUGCUCUGGAUUCAUUCGACGAACUGGAGUUGUUAGAAAUGCUUUUACACCAAGAAAUAGCUUCCCAUUUCUCGUCCGGCAUUGAAGCGAGCAUCAUAGCAUUUGUCUGCAUCAGUUUCUUUCUGACAGCCAUGGAAAUGGGAGAAAAUAAACUAGAUGGUGGUCAAAUGGAGCUUCGCAGUAACCGUCUAUACCUUCUACGACUUGUCUUUCAAAUGUUGCUCGUCAAUAUUCCUCUGUUGACCAUUCGUCUUGUUGUUUGGACGAAAUACGGACACGAUGCGUCGAUUUUCAUCGCUAAAAAUGCCAUCAUCAUCGCCACCUCAUUGAUGGAGGUCAUAAGGGUAAUCAUUGAACAAAGGUGCUAAUGCACUAAAAACUGAUUUAAAAACAGUGCGUGACAUAUAUGAGAAGUUUAAAGUCUCUAUUUACACAUACAAAUCUAUUUAAGAACUCCUAAAAUGCAUACUGUAUUUAUGUAUUUUAGUAAUAUACAGAAAUUAUGAUCAUUUUGACUCAUAUUCCAAGUAUA